AUGGAGCUGUCGCCGUACGCGCAGGGCGGGUGGCGGCUGCUGGGCGACCCCCGCCGCUUCCCCCGCCGCCCUUUCGCCGCCCUCCUCCGCGCCGCCUUCCGCAGCCUCCUGGAUGACCCGCAGGCCGGUAAUUCACUUAUUUUAGACGAUCCAGACCUGAAAGAUAUUGACCCUACAGUGUUAAAACAUUGCCAUGCUGCGGCUGCAACGUGUAUUCUGGAGGCAGGGAAGCAGAAAGCUGACAUAUCUGCUAUAAGCACAUGCCUAGAAGACUGCAAACUGGAUAAAGAGAGAAUAGAACAAUUUUGCACCGAAUAUCAGAAAAACAAGGAUGCAUUGGAAAUCCUAUUGGGAAGCAUAGGAAGAUCUCCUCUCCAUAUAACUGAUGUGUCUUGGCGCUUGGAAUAUCAGAUCAAGAACAGUCAGCUUCAUAAAACUUACCAGCCUUCCUAUUUGGUGACCUUAAACGUAGAGAACAGUGAUUCAGGAUCACACCCAGAUGUUAGUUUUAGUUGUACAAUGGAGCAAUUACAGGACUUAGUGGGAAAGCUAAAAGAUGCUGCAAAAAGUCUAGAACGAGCGACUCAGGUGUGAUUGAAGGAAGGUGUCAGCCUGCUGAAGCACUCUCCUUCCUAAGUGUCUCCAAAAUGACAAAUGUAUUUCAUCUCUUGAUGCAAACUGUUUUUUGUUUUAAGUUCUUGGAUGUGAAUUAAUGAAACAACUUUUUUUUUUUAACAUCAGGAUUGGGUAGUCCUUGGUCAUGUAAUUUUUUUUAUUAACUUCUGUUAAAUAUUUGAGGAACUGUUGUAUCAUUAAAGUAUUCCUUGUAUCUUAUUUUGUGUAUUUUUACAACUCUCGCUGCUUAUUUUUCUCUAUGAUCUAAUAAAAGUUUA